AUGGCAAACUUAUCAGUGAAGAAAGUUGAGGUCUGCAGGGUGGCACCAAAACCAGGUUCAUCUGAGAACCAGUCACUUCCUCUAACGUUCUUCGACUUAUUCUGGCUCCGUUUUCAGCCCGUUGAACGCCUCUACUUUUACCAAACCUCUUCCACCGAUUAUUCCGUACUUUCCAAACUCAAAACCUCCCUGUCUCUCACUCUCCAACACUUCCUACCUCUCGCCGGAAACCUCACCUGGCCCCAAGACUCCCUCAAACCCGUUCUAAGCUACGUUCAAGCCGACGCCGUUUCACUCACCGUAGCUGAGUCCGAUGCAGAUUUCGACCACCUCAUAAACAGUACCUCUCUUGCAGCCCAAGAUUUCAGUCCUCUUGUUCCUCAGUUGGAUGUGACUGACGAGCGAGCCGCCGCCAUGGCGUUGCAAAUCACAGUCUAUCCCAACCGCGGAUUCUCCAUCGGAACGGCCAUGCACCACGCAAUCCUCGAUGGCAAAACGUCGACCUCGUUUGUCAAAGCAUGGGCUCAUAUAUGCAAACAUGAAGAAGCACAAGCUCUGCCUUCGUCUUUGGUACCCUUUUACGACAGAACGGUCGUCAAGGACCCGGCCGGGCUCGAAGAACUCUACUCUGUCCAUCACCAAAACAAGGACGGCCGGACCGACAACAGAAGCUUAAGCAUUGUCUCCUACCGUAAAGCUUCAGAUCAAGAAGACUUGAUUCGGGGCACAUUCGAGUUCACUCGCGCAUUUAUCCAAACACUUAGAGGGCAUGUCAUAUCUAAAAUGGCUCCUGAUUCAUCGCUCCACUUGUCAACUUUUUCUCUGGUCUAUGCCUACACAUGGGUCUGUAUGGUGAAGGCCGAAGAAAUCAAAGGGGAGAAGACGGUAGUCAUCUUCGGGGUGGACUCCAGGUCCCGGUUGGACCCUCCAAUACCUGCAACGUAUUUUGGUAACUGCGUAGUGGGUCGUGUAGCAGUUGCAGAAACAAAAGGGCUAUUGGGUCAAGAUGGACUGGUUGUAGCUGUGAAAGCAAUCACAGAAGCUUUAAGAAGCUUGGAGAAAGGGGUUCUGGAUGGGGCAGAGAAUUGGGUUUCGAAAUUUCUCGAUUUUUCGCUGUAUGAUAGGAUAUAUUCGAUUGCAGGGUCACAUAGGUUUGAGGUUUAUGAUACCGAUUUUGGAUGGGGAAGGCCGAAAAGGGUUGAGGUAAUCUCCAUUGAUAAGACGGGAGCCAUUUCUCUUUCGGAUAGUAAGAAUGGUGGUGGAGGUGUUGAGGUUGGCGUGGUUUUGAAGAAACAGUAUAUGGAGGCUUUCGAUGCUCUGUUUGCUAGCCCGGUGCAUUAG